AUGACUUGGGAAGAAAAAUGUAAUAUAUUGAGAUCAAAUCCUGUGACUGCAGCGAGACAUUUCCAAUUUCGUCUAGAUAUGCGGAUGAAAGAUAUGAUCCUGUCCGACUCCAAGCCACUAGGACACGUACGCCAUUUUUUCUACAGGAUAGAAUUUCAGCAGAGGGGAUCACCACAUGCGCAUGGUAUCCUCUGGAUAGAUAAUGCACCAGAUCUGGAAAAGAACAGUCCUGAAGAAAUCGCAGCAUUCAUUGACAAGUAUGUACAGUGCAGGCUCCCUGAUGAGGACAGUGAUGAAGAACUUUAUUCCUUGGUAAAUCAACUUCAAAGACACAGUCAUUCAGCAUCCUGUAGGAAAUCUGGCAAGGAAUGCAGAUUUGGAUUUCCACGGUCAAUAUCUUCACACACUUUAGUGUCUCGACCUCCAAGCUUAGACGACACUCUACCACAUCUCAUACCCGACCAAAGAGAAUGGAAUUGUAGAAUUGCUGGAGUUGUGAAUCAAUAUCUCGAAAGAGCAGAUAGCCUUGAUGAAAUGUCAUAUGAAGACGUACUUCAAGAUUGCAAGUUACUACCACAAGUCUAUCAACAAGCUUUGUCAAAGUCUGCUUCAUCACCAAAGGUAUACCUUAAACGUGAUCCAAAUGCUGUGAAUAUAAACAACUACAAUGCUUACAUUCUUCGUGCAUGGCAGGCUAACAUGGAUGUCCAAUUCGUCACAGACCCAUAUGCGUGUAUACAGUAUGUAGUCUCUUACAUAACAAAAGACGAAAGGGAAAUGGGGACACUGCUGCAUGCUGUUGCCAAGGAAUCUGCACAGGACACAAUAAAGGACCAAAUGAAAAAAUGUGGACAGGCUUUUUUGAAUUCUCGAUCUGUUACAGCACAGGAAGCAGCGUAUCGAGCUUUAGGUUUACCUUUGCAUAAAUCUAAUUUCACCAGUGUCUGGGUACCUACUGGCUUACCAUCAGAGCGGAUAAGUCUUCUCAAACCUACAUUUGUCCUGCAGAAUCUAGAAGAGGGAGAUAAUGACGUAUUUGUUAGUGGUAUAAGUGACAAGUACAGCAAGAGACCUGCCAAUCUGGAAAAUUGGUGUUUAGCUCAGUUUGCUGCAUGGUAUGAAGUAGCACGCAAAGACUAUGAACCAAGUGACUUUCAACCAGACAUUCUUGCUGAUCGAUUUAAUGAUGCUGAAGCCUCUCCAAGUUCUUCAGUUGAAAAUGCUCCAAAGUCCAUACAUGUUCCGUUAUCAUCAUCUCACUGUGUCAUGAGGAAGAGAAGAAAACAAGCAGUCGUAAGAUUUCACAAAUUCUCUGAGGAAAAACAGCCUCGUUCAUAUUAUCAUUCACAGUUGUUUUUGUUUGUUCCUUGGAGAAGUGAGAGAACAGACUUGCUGAAUGGUUAUGAGGACUACCAGGACAGCUACAUUGAGCAAAAAGAUAUCAUUGACAAAAACAGGUCCUACUUAUUCAAACAUGAGAGUCUUGUUGAAGCUGCAUUUGAACAGUUACAGAAUGAAGAUCAGCCGAGAGAAGCAUGGGAUCAGAUAGCAGCUGAAAAUCAACAACAAGAGUAUGACGCAGAAGAUGAAGGAGCACAAUCAGAUCAAGAGCAUGCUAUUCUAAACCCAAGUGAUCAGCCGAACAUCCAUGUUGAGUUACCUACACCGUCAGACAGUUGUGUCCAAGCACUGGCUAUAGACUCAAUGCCACCACCAUUACCAUAUCCAGACUAUUGUGCACAUGUUAGGACUCUAAACAGUCAACAGUAUGAAGUGCUGCAAGUUGUCCUUAAUUGGUGCAUUACAUUUAUACAGAGUGUCGGAAAUAAGAAUGUCAAAAAACCAGAUCCAUUGCACCUGUUCGUCUCAGGCGGCGCAGGCACAGGGAAAUCUCACUUGAUUUCUGCAUUAUAUCAUACCAUUGAGUUAAACUUGCGGAAAGAAGGAGACACCCCAGAUUGCCCAAAAGUACUUCUUCUAGCCCCUACUGGAACAGCAGCAUUUAACAUACAAGGUGCAACAAUACAUUCAGCACUUCUAUUUGCAUUGAAGAGCCAGGCAUCAAAUAAACAAUCCACAUCAUCCCGUCCACUAUCUGAUGAUAAAAAGAAUACAUUAAGAGUGAAACUCUCUCAACUUAAAUUCAUAAUCAUUGAUGAGAUUUCAAUGGUUGGAAGUGACUUUUUUGUUGACAUACACAAUAGACUGUCUGAAGUAUUUGGAGGUACAGAUGUAUUUGGCGGUAUUUCAAUUGUAGCUGUAGGAGACAUGUAUCAGUUACCUCCAGUUUGUCAGCGAUAUAUUUUCCAACCAGCUCUGAAUAUGUUUGCAGCUUUAACUCUAUCACUGUGGGGUACAAAUUUCACUUACAUGGAACUCACGCAAAUUAUGAGACAAGCUGAUGACCAACCUUUCUCAGAAAUGCUUAAUAGAGUUAGAACUGGUUCACAUACCCCAGAUGACAUCACAUUGUUGAAAUCCAGACUUAUUACUGAUGAUACAUGUUCAAAUGAAGUUCACUUGGAUAAAUACUUACAUGUUUUUGCUACAAAUGCAAAAGUUGAUGCAUACAACGUUCAAAUGCUGAAUCAGCUUUCAAGUGAAAAAAUACAUCUUAAUGCUACUGACAGAAUACCAUUAUCAUUGAAAAAUUACCGGUUGUCAGACGAUGAAAAACAUACUGGCGGACUUGCUAAAGUCAUUACCAUUGCAGUUGGAGCGAGAGUCAUUCUCACAAGAAAUGUUGAUGUGUCUGACGGUCUAACAAAUGGAACUCAGGGCAUUGUGAGAGAAAUAAAGUUCUUAUCAAUUAACAAACCAAUUGCCAUCAUGAUUCUGUUUGAUUCACCAAGUGUAGGGAAGAAUGCUCGUCUCAACAGUAAAGUUGAUCUGUCUGCAUACAAAGAACCAGUUGUACCAAUUUCUCAAACAGAAGCAACAUUCUCCCCGACUCGUUCAAAAGCAACAGUAAUCAGGAAACAGUUUCCAGUUAGAUUGUGCUGGGCAACAUCAAUACACAAAGUGCAGGGGGCAACGCUGGACAAUAUUGUUGUUUCAUUUGAAAACCGUUUCAAUUCUGGACAAGCCUAUGUUGCCCUGAGUAGGGUGAAAAAAUUGAACCAACUCCAUUUAAUAAGUUUUGAUGAAAAGAAAAUUGUCACAAGUUCUCACGUAAAGAAAGAAAUGGAACGAAUGAAGAAGGACACAUUUCACCCAAAUCCUUUCAAAUCGCUUUCAGCAAAUGCAAAUUUGACUGUUGCUUUGUUAAAUGCAAGAUCAGCUAGGAAUCAUUUUACAGAUAUCAUGUGUCAUCCAGUUUUAAAGAUAGCAGAUAUAGUGUGCUUAACAGAAGCAAAUGUCUACCAUGACCAGAUCAGAUACUACCAACGUGAGGGCUGGACCCUGAAAUGCUUAGAAAAGUCAUCAGUUUGUAACUGCCAUGGAAUUCUGUUUUACUGUUCUGAAAACAUUCCAGUUGUAUCAUCAACUACAUCUUACCAACCUCAUAUGGAACAGCUGUUUGUUGAAUUAUCUUCAAAACCCGGUGUCGGCUCAAUACAGGUACUCUAUCGAUCUCCAUCAACAGCACCUGCCACAUUUAUUACAGAUCUUACCAGCACAGUAUACGAUAGGCAACCUGACAUAAUCCUAGGUGAUUUCAACAUCAACGUUGAUUCAGUUUGGUACAGAAGACUAUCUGAACCUCUGCUUAAUUAUCGCCAGUGUGUGACAUUACCAACACACUUAAGUGGAUCUAUUAUUGAUCUUGUCUAUGUAAAAGAUGAGUUGCCACAGCCAAAAGUAACUGUAUACCCAACAUAUUUCUCUGAUCACAGCAUUGUGUUCCUGCAGUUUUAG